GUUUGCUACUUUGUCACCGACCGUAAGUCCAUUUUUUCCCGCAGGGAAUGUUGUACCGUACAGUUCAUGACAGGACAGCUGAUACAUACAAAGCGGGAAUAUUCUGGGAAUUCAUGAACCAAUAUUGGAUCAUAUGAAGCCCAGCAGGAUGGACGUCGAGACUCUGAGUAGAGGAGAGCUGCUAAUGUUGCUGAGCAUACUGGAGGGAGAGCUGGAAGCUCAAGACAUUGUCAUACACACUCUCAGGGCGCAGCAGCGAGACGCGUUUGUGCAGGAGCGGUACGGGCGCUAUGACCUCAGCGACCCCUUCAUGGCUCUUCAGAGAGACAGCGAGGCCAUGGAGGGUCAUGAGCAGGGUCAGACUCAGACUCGGGGUCAUGGUGGGAGAAGCCAAGUCACUCCAAACCCACUAGCUGUCCUUAAGCUGGUGAUGAGCCACUGCAAGCGCAUGCAAGAGAAGAUGAUGGCACAGCUAGCGGCGGCCGAGAGCAGACACAAACGGGUUAUUGCUGACCUGGAGGAAGAGAAACGGCGCCAUGCUCAAGACACAGCUGAGGGUGAUGAUGUCACAUACAUGCUAGAGAAGGAGAGAGAGCGAUUACUACAGCAGUUGGAGCUGGAGAGAGCCCGAGCUGAGCGGCUGGAGCGUGAAUGUCACUCUCUUUCUGCCCAGGUGGAGGAGAAUCAGGCACAACAGCAGCAGCUCUCUUCUAACCUGGCUAAGGAAUGCCAGCGUGCCAGUGCCCAAGCCCAGGAAGAGAGCGAGCGUGUUGCCCAGCUGUGCAGGCAGCUGGAGCAAGAACACAGAGCUACGCAAAAUCUACAAGGAGAGCUGGAGCUGGAGAAAACUCGUGUACUGCAAACGGAGGCCAGAAUCGAGCACCAGCUGGCGGAGUUUGACACGGAGCGCGAGCAGAUCAGAGCGAAGCUGCGCAAGGAGGAAAGCUACAACAGAGAGCUGCAGGAGCUGAUCGAGUGCCUCAGGAAUGAGCUGGAGGAUGUGAAGGACAAGGAGAAAAGAUGGAGGGUGAAAGCAGAGGAGGAAAAGAAAGCAGCUGAAAAGCAGCCUAAAAUAGUGUCUAAUUCUGCAUCCUGCCAGACUGAGCCAGAUGGAAAAGCGAUCAUCACUGAAAAAGCUCAACGGCUGAGACUUAACGGGCAUCAACUGCGUAAAGAGAGCGAGUCUUCAGAAGAGAAAAGCACAGAAAAUGGAGGAGUGGAAAAUGGAGGAGCUCUGAGCUCACCUGUGCAUGCCCUCCAGUCUCUCUCUCCCAGCAGCACGGCCUGCUCAUCACUCUCGUCCUCACCAUGCUCUUCCCCCGUUCUGGCCAAGCGCCUGGCUUCGUUGGGAAGCUGCAGCCCUACAUACCCUUCUUCCUACCAGUCAAGCGUGAACCAGCGUUUCCAUGCUGCCAGACACAAAUUUCAGCAGGCUGAUCAAGGUGCAGCGAUGCCCCUGUCACCUCGUGAGCUUUCACCAACCUCCACACCAGUACCCCCUCUAUCCGAGAACGCCUCUGCCAAGCAGAUGGCUCGCAACACUGUCACUCAGGUGCUGUCACGCUUCACUAGCCAACAAGCAACAGCUAAAACACCUGCUCCUAACAGCUCCCCGUUUGGCACAGAUUACCGUACACUUGCAACAGCAUCCUCACCCACCAGCAAAGGGUCAUGCCCUCUGUCACCUGGCAUCCGCUCACCCAUAAUCCCUCGGGGGGAGAGAAGCUUUGCAUCUCCUGUAACCCAGAAGAAACCUGGCAUGAACCAGAAUCCAAGCUCACCCGUGUCUGCAUCUUCACCUCGCUCUUCUCACUUCUCCGAGCUCUCAAAUAGCUGCGGCAUCAGCAGCACGCAGGAGGGCGCUAAAGAGCUCGACCUGCUCAUGUCCAAAUCCAGCUAACCACUAACAACAGACGAGGCUUCACCACUUCUUCUCAAAGUCCUUUUAAAUUUAACACUAGGCGUGAUAGAAAACUGAUGUUCUGGAAAUCACGAUUGUCAAUUGAAGCAGUUGUAAGCAAAAAAAAAAAAGGCAGCGAUAACAGAGAAAACGACUCUACACGUACUAAACCUGCAGAUAAACUAAAUAAACAAAAAACGAUUUUUUCUUUUCAGUGUUGAAACAGUGGAUCUCACCAAACUAAACCAAAUCCAGCUAAGUACAGGCCAGUCCACAAAUAGCUUAAAUUAAAGGGCCAAAUCCAAACGCAGCUUGUCGUAGCUCCACGAUUAUCCCCUUUCUAACAGAUUACAGAGCACUCUAAACAUUCAAAGCACUCAUACUUGCACUCACGCAUCCUUUACUCACCAAAUCCACACAUAAAAAAUGAGAGCUUUGUGAUUGAGUAGCAGAGCAGAGGACAUUGGCUCUUACUUCUACUAUGGACACUGCACAAGCAAGACAACAUUUAUUUAAACUUCCUUUUUUUAGUUAAUACAUUAUUAUAUUAUCAUCUUGUAUAUUGAGAUAUUUUAUUUAUCCCUGUCAUCACCCUUUCAUACAUGCAUAUAAGUGGAAAAAGGAAGAAAUGCUAAACAAAAAUAAAAUAAAAAAUUUAAAAAAUAAUUGACAUUAAAUGAAACAGCAAUAAUUAAUGAUGCAUUCUCAGGUGAGCAAUCAAUAAACAUGAUUAAAAAAACACAUUAGUCUUAUGAAUCAAUAUAAAUGAUAUAUAUAUGAAAUAUGAAAACUAUUUCCGAGUAGUAGAACAAAUUGCACUUUGGAUAAAUUAAACCCACCUGAUUUCACUGUAUAUGGAAAUGUUAACUGUUCUCACAGUCAGGAAGAUGUGUUUUUUGGUGUAAACUACAUGUUUAAGAAGAUUUUAAUUUCAUUCAAGAUAGUUAAGGACUCAAAUGGUGUGUCGACAUACCAUUUACUACAGCAGAGUACGGUUUGAGACGUGUCCUAAGUGUUCAUGACCCCAAAGAUGUAGUUUUCAAUAGAAAAAUGAGAAUAAAACUAACAUUACAUUCGCAGUCCUGAUCCAAUCUGCUCACCAGUUUGUCACGGUGUACUGGUGUGUCUCCAGCACGGUCGUAAACUGCACAAGAGCUACACGAACUAAUAACCUAAUGUUAGCUAGCUAGAUAAAAUAGAAAUUUUACUUAAAGAGAAAAUAAUGGUAUAAAACACUGCAAUAAUCUCAGAGCAAAGAUAAGGGUGUUUCACAAGGCUGUGUGCAUCUCUGGGACUAAGGGUAGUAAUCGAGCUAGAUAGAAUAAAGCAUAAAGUACAAAAAUGUUUGUCAGGACACUAAAAGACAAGCACUGUAUUAAAAUCAGCAGAAACACACUACACAUCUAGUUACAUAUCUAUCCACUUGAUCUUUAUCCUCUGCUAUCUUUAUAUCUCACUAAAAACAAUUUCACUGUAAUAAACUGUCAAUGGGGGGCACGGUGGCUUAGUGGUUAGCACGUUCGCCUCACACCUCCAGGUUCGAUUCCCGCCUCCGCCUUGUGUGUGUGGAGUUUUCAUGUUCUCCCCGUGCCUCGGGGGUUUCCUCCGGGUGCUCCGGUUUCCUCCCCCCGGUCCAAAGACAUGCAUGGUAGGUUGAUUGGCAUCUCUGGAAAAUUGUCCGUAGUGAGUGAUUGCGUGAGUGAAUGAGUGUGUGUGUGUCCUGUGAUGGGUUGGCACUCCGUCCAGGGUGUAUCCUGCCUUGAUGGCCGAUGACGCCUGAGAUGCCUGAGGCACAGGCUCCCCGUGACCCGAGGUAGUUCGGAAAAGCGGUAGAAGAUGAAUGAAUGAAUGAAUGAAUAAACUGUCAAUUCCACAAAUGCAAAAAAAAAGGCCCAAUCUAGUGAACAUAAUAAGGCUUCCAGAAAACUCCUGAAUCAAACCUUUAGCAACUACAUUGACUAUCUCACCUGGAUGGUUGCCUGUCACUAUGUUCUCAAACUUCUUUCGUGCCUAAAGCUGAGCUGGAACGAUGGUUAAACCAAAAACGAGCAUAAGAUACAAGCACAAAUUUCCCAGUAAAACUAACCAGACUCAAAACUGACUGAAAUUUAUAAGAUAAAAGCUUAUACCUUCAUUUUAAACUGUCAGAGCAAUUGGAAAAUGCAUUGGGUUUUUUUAUUGACUCACUAGUCUUAUAUGUACCAACAGGAUUCAAUUUUACAAGAUGUCCAUGAGUGAAAACAGCAAUAAUGUUAAUCUUAAGAAUUUUCCAACUUUUAUAUAUGCUGCUUUUUUUGAACAUUGAAACCUCAUAUGCGAGAUUAAAGUAAACAACAUUUUAAAGUAAUAGAGUAAGUGGAAUAAAAUUAAAUGUAUUGAAGGACUAGAAGGUUUUUUUUUGACUGUUUAAGGCAACAAGGUGAUUUCAUUCAGACUAAAGGGUCAUCUUUGUUAGACUAGUUUUAGUCCGUGUAAUGGAAAUGUAUCACAGUGAGAAAAGUUUAAAAAUCAUGUUCUCAUGAGCAGCAAACAGAGAAGAGUCUGCAGAGACGCUUCUGUUUCUGCUCUAAGCACAAAAACAGACACUAAACUAACAUUAAAACGGGUCAUUAUAUAAUUAGAGGAGUUCGGUGUGUUGGAACAGAGAAAUGAGGAAACAUCGAACUCUAGUGUCAGUGAUGAAAAAAGCUCUUAUGCCAUUUAACGUUACACUUUUUCCACUUGUGUCCAGCAAUAUGUAAAGUAAUACUUGCAUUUUUACACUUUAAUCUGUAAAGAGUGGUCAAGAAAUAUUCCAUCUAAAUAGCUCGAUAUAUAAAUGCUCAGUGUAGGUAAAAUCUAGCAUGUGAUUUGAAACAUUAUCAAGAAUCAUCUGUAAAAUCAUGAAGAAAUAAAGGGGAAUUUCCUGCAUGCUUUCUUUCUGUGUGCGCUCAUGUAAAAAAAAAAACAUGCAACAGGAAUUUUAUGUACACAAUGUGAUUCACAUUAUAUUCACAACUUCAUAAAGAAUUGUAUGUACCUAUGUAGUCUAAGAUACUAGAAAUAGAAUGAAAGUUACUGAUCAGAGAAAUAAAUGCAGAAACGGAUUAAAGAAACGGUUGAUUUUAAACUCUAAACACUCUCUAGGUCUGUCUAACAUAUAAGGAGGCUUUAAAACUCUUGCAAAUCGUCAGCCUAUUUAAGCUGUUCACUUUUGUUGUCAAAUAACAUUUAGAUUGGAUGCAAAUUGAGGUUUGAAACACUAACUCCUGUCUGAAGUCUAACCCGUGGGCAGUACUUAGUUUUCUUUAACAUCUUGUUCAUGUUUCCUUCUUGUCUGAUACCUCACAAAGCCUUUACUGUAAUUUUUUUGUCCAGCACAAAACUGUGCUUGUACUACUGUAACUUUUUUGUGAUUCUUUGUAAUGAACCUGUUCAUAUUGAAGAUGAUGGAUUUGCAUUUUACUUAACAAUUGCUCUGCACUGCAAAACAUUUAAUAACACAUGGGAAAAAUAAAACCUUUUGGAGGUCAACUUAUAUAA